AUGGCACACCAACAAGGACAGCCACCUUACAACUCCCAGCCCGAGGCGACGAGUCUGGUAGCUUACGAGGAACCUCCUGAACCUCAACCCGACUACUAUUAUGAUGAACCCGACUACGAUUACACUGGACGAACAGGAGUCCGUGGAGAGGAAAACGAAGUCGACUACAGCAUUUACGCCACUCGAAAGUCAAACUCCGUCAAGUACCGCAAUCCUGACCGAGAUCGCUGUCGCAAGAUAUUGUUUGGAAUCUGUCUUCUUUGUUGUUGUUGUUUGAUAAUUGGGGCUUUGAUUGCUGGAAUCGUUUUGGUUCUCAAAGAUCAAAACGAAGCGGAUAUUGGAUCCACCUUUGCUCCAAGUGCAUCGCAAAGUCCGUCCUUUAAUCCAGUCAAUCCACCGACGUUUCCGCCCACCAUUGACACUCGACCAACUGGUUCACCCCGCCCAACAAUUACGUACAAGCCUUCUGAGAUUCCCUCCACCAAUCCUACUACUUCCUCUCCGACUUCCUCUUCUCAACCUUCUGCGGAUUCCGAAUUAUUGUCAGUUUUGGGCGAGGAAGAUGACGGCGACGAUGUGAACGCUUUGGCACAAUUUGGUGCUCAACACUCCUUCACUGUCAAUGAACAAGGUGUCUAUGAAUUUGUAUUGGAAUUCCAACACAACGAAAACCUACCCAUGGGACCGGACAACUACGAGGGAAGUUGUCAAACUUUUGAAAGCACCAAAAUCCACGACCUUGAUGGACGUGACUUUCGAGAACCCCGCAAGUUUUUUAAGCGUCUUCCCGAUUAUAUUUGGAAUUCCACCGGUUUUCAGCACAUCAGUCUAGAUUGGCAUCCAUGUGGGGCCUAUCCACGUAAUUAUGCGCAUCCACACUAUGAUAUUUCAUUUUUCAGGGUCAGACCGGAAGAUCGAGUGGUCUACCUCGCUUGCAAAGAGCAGAGUAACGUUCAAAUGCCUGGCAUUGUCCGAGCUUGUGAGUUCACACAGACAUCCGAUCACGCCAAGGAGUUCUACAUUUUGCCAUCUUCAGUUGUGGAUCGUUCCAGAGUGCCCAACAUGCCGGCUGCCUUUGAACAGGCCGAAUUCUAUGCUCCCGUGCCGUACGUGGGCAUGCAAUAUUACGACGUGGAGAAUCAACCGUCAUCUCCAGGAUCUUGGAAUAGCUUGGACAUGGGGAUGAGUACUCACGGCGGUGACAUUAUGAGUUGGAAGGCCAAGGUUCCUUACCGUAUCAUCAGCGGGGAAAAUCCACAGUUUCACUCCAAGACUCAAGAGUACUACCAGCCUACCAUUUCUUCCCUUCCCGAUGCCUUUUCGGUCUACUACCAACAAGAUGGAACCAUUCGAUUCCAAAUGACCGGGCUCUCCCAAAUCACCAAGGCCGAAUUGGAUGUACUCAAACUUGAGAACCCAGACGAUGUGCCAUCGUCCCCCGUUCCUCUUCCCAGCCCACCCGAGUGCACUUGUUUUGCUCCGGAUCCAUCUCCUUCGCCAUCGGCGUUCCCUUCGUCCGUUCCUUCCGACUCACCCACCAUUCCAAGAUUUGACUUUUGUACCUUGCUGACGGGAAACGAACCCAGCACCAAUGUGGACAUCAGUUGCUUCUCCACUGAGUACGAAUGCAACCAAAAAACAGUCAGAGAUUGUCAAGUAUUAUGUGGACCAUCGCAAUGCAUGUCCUCUGAGUUUGACCAGUCUUAUGUUUUGUGCAUCGAUGAGACAUCUUGCAACAAGAUCGCCAGCACCAAACCAGUCGCCCAAUUCAUCAACUCUCAAGUGCUCUGCCAAGUGGAAGGUUCCUGUACCGAUGCGGAAUUCUUGGCUUGCACUUGCUGCGAUGGACCGGGUUGUCCAUCCGAAAACUUUGUUGGUAAUUCCCUCCCUAGUUGUGUGGAUGGCGAUGUCGGGGGUUUUUGCAAUCAAAUGGUGGAAUCAGAGGGAAAGACUUGUAGAGAACUGGGGAAUCCUGUGUGCACUAAUUUGUAA